AUGUCACCCCCUGAAGAGGAAUCCGCAGGUCUGGCUGCUGCUACGACGCCUGAAACUGUGUUGCCGUUGACUGGAGCCGGUGCUGGACCACGACGGACGAAGCUAUCGUGGGCUCAACUUGUGCGGCUCGAGAGUAUCUUUGCACAAACUUGGUAUCCAUCGUGGGCCGAAAAGGAUACGCUUGCGCGUGAAUUCGACUUGGAACACCAACAGAUCAAUGUCUGGUUUUGCAACCGCCGCACGAAAGCAAAGCGCGAGAAGGAAACAAUGCCUGACAGUUUUAUUCCCUCCCAUGCCCAGGCUGCACUCAAAAGCAAGCGCGCAAGACCAACUGAGGCGUCUCUUGAUACUCUAGGCUCGACGACCAUGACCCGCGAACCGACCCCCGAGCCAGCACCAUCUUCCCGUGCUUCGAGCACUACGCCUGAUCCUCGACCCAUCGCACUGCCUCCUAUUCGCACUUCACCACCUCUGUCAUCGGUCCCAGCCCCAGCACCCGUCAGCGCUUCAUCGGCCGCCAGUAUUCAGGCCAAACUCUCUUCGUCGCUGUCGGCCGCACUGCUCGGCUCCGCGACAUCCACGGCCUAUCGGGCCCCAUAUGUCAGCCAACCUCCGUCCCAGGACCGUUCGCGUGAUCGUUCUCUGUCCCCCGGUCCCCGCACCCGCAGACACCGCAGCAACAGCGCUGGAUCCCCUCGCCAUUCCCCCUAUCGACAGCACACAUAUCCAUUCACCCACCAGCGCUCUCAUUCCAGGUCUCCUCCGGCCGCCACACUCGCCCCGAUCGGUCGCCCCGACUACCCCCAUGCACUCCCCCCAUUCCACAAGGCAGGCCCCCCUCCAUCACUCCCGGCCGCCCUUCCCGCCCCGCCUACAACCAAACCGCACGAGCUCUACCAACGCUACCCGGCGGGUGAUUACCACCGCGGUCCAUUUGUGCGCUCACCCCUCCUCGCUCAUCGUGCGCCGGAUUCUCAAGUCGCGUCACCGAUACACUCGCCUACUGAUCCUGAGCAUCGCAAGUUGCUGGCUCAGCAGCACAUCCAAGCCAUACCUCAUGUUGGCGCACUUCAGGCCGCCCCUCACAUGGGCGCAUUUCCCUCGAUGCCAGUCGUCGGAGUCUUCCAGGGUACUGCACCUCCCCCUGCAGAACUUCCAAUUAGUGUAUGGCAGGCCCACCCCCUUGUACGCACACGGGCUCGUAUCACUCGCGAACAAUUGCGGGCGCUCGAGGCCCUCUUUGCAAAGACCUGGUUCCCGACAUCUCAGCAACGAGCAGAAGCUGCCAAUGCGACGGGAAUGCGCGAGUAUAGCGUCACAGUAUGGUUUCAGAACAGAAGGUCCAAGGCCAAAAAAGAGGGCAUCUCACCACCCGAAGGUGAUAGAGCUAAGCUGCGCAAGGACAAGGGCCCCAAACGCGAUCUAGGAACGCAUGUAUUCGAAGUUGGGAGCUCACGGCAUCCUGAGCCAAUGGCCUCUGGUGCCUCAGCGUAUGCGCCCUCUGCAUCCGCAGGUAACCAUCCCUCCAUAGCCGAGCAUAACCUAGUCUGGCUUGAAGAUGCACGUUCACGUGGGCGGGCGCCGAUGAUGAAGGCGGGAGGGAGCCAUUCACCUCGAAUCACCGAUAAUAGGCCGGAACGUUCUCGCUCCCCGCGCUCACGGUCCUGGAGUGGGGCAGAACCCGAGCCAGAGUCCGACUUGGAGAUGGAGAGCGAGUCGGAAUCACGCGCCAGUCGCUCCCGCUAUCAGCCUGGAGACGAACCGCGCGGUGUGUCCUAUACGCGUGCAUAUAGCCAAUAUCCUCCGCGAGAGUCCCAGGCACAGACACUGUAUCCCCCAAGAGAAGUCCACCCGUCUUAUGCCGACGCCGGCCCCCUUCCGGUGCGGCGUCAGUCAUCGUCCUCAUCAUAUGGUGGGGUUACUCGCAGGCGAAAUUCUGGCCACAGUCACAGUGGGUCCGAAGAGGAUGGACCCGAACCUGCUCGAUCCGAGACUGAGCCAGGAGACCGCCCUGCGAAGCGUUCUCGACGGGAAAACGAGCACGCGCCCGAGGACGAGCAUUCUGACCCUGAAUGA